UCAGAUAGUGCAGUGUGAAGCAUCACAACGAGGGCCUAUAAAAGCUGCCACAGGCGGCCAAGGCCACAGUCACUUAGCUCUGACCAGCUUUUGCAUCUGCUUCCUGCUCUUUCUGUGUUGGCUCGGGCUCCAUGGCACUCUGGUUGACCGUGAUCAUUGCUCUCACCUGCCUUGGUGGCCUCACUUCCCCAAGCUAUGUGCCUACCUGCGAAGCCUACAAGGAGUUCAUUAGAGAGCUGAGCAACAUCACCCAGAACCAUAAGGCAAACCUCUGCAAUGGGAGCAUGGUGUGGAGCAUCAACCUGACAGCUGGCGUGCAAUACUGUGCAGCCCUGGAAUCCUUGAUGAAGGUCUCCAACUGCAGUGCCAUCCGGAGGACCCAGAGAAUGCUGCUUACAUUCUGCCCACACAAGCACAUAACCAGGCAGGUUUCCAGUGCGAUUAUCCAAGACACCAAAAUUGAAGUGUUCCAGUUUGCUAAAGACCUGCUCAAUCACUUAAGGAAAAUGUAUCGCCAGAAAACAGAAAAAACGGACACUGUCUGCAUAGAAUAAUCACCUUGACUUCAGUAGAGAUUCAUCUUCUUUCAGAUGUCAGCGAUUUCUUGGGGAUGGGGGAAGGAGGGGUGGAGGGAGGGGGAAGAUUUUCUUAGCUUAGACCUCAGCCUAUACUGUCUGUCUUCACCCUAGAUGAGUCCAGCUGCCUGUUGCCUUGGUGCUGGGGGCUUGGCUUGCUGGGCCUCUUCCAUCUGGGGCUUGAUGCACAAGAAUGAAAACAAAGCCCCACAUGCCACCUCCUCCUCAGAACAAACUGUAGCAUUACAGUAGGUGCCACCCCAGCCAGACACAUGGUGGGACAGGGACCUGCCUUUUACAGGGACCACUGAGGCAGGGAGCAGCUGAGCACAUUUUUUCUUUUGGCCUUAUUUAUUAUUGUGUGUUAUUUAAACAAAGUGUUUGUCUAUAUUGAGUAUAGGGAGGUACUGUUGCUGUCAGAACUUGGGAGUGAGGGCCUAGAAACUUGGGGUUCCAGCACUAAAGCAGUGGGCAUUCCAAGUCCCUGAGAAUAAGUACUGUAUGUAAAUUUCUGCUACCUCACUGGACCCUGAGGCUGUGGACCUCAAUCAAGGUAGAGGAUGGGAGAGAGGCUUGAAACAAUGGCUCCUGUCUGCCAGCCAGCAGUUAGCCCUCAAACAACUAAUUUAUUGCUUUUUUCUUAUAUUUAAAGUAUUAAAAUAUGUUGUUAAAGAGUUAAUAAUAUAUACUCAAGCAGCCUAGAAUACUGCCUGUUGUGUGUUCAGAUUGGAGGGAGGGCAUCACUGAGUGAAUUGUUUCGAUGACUUUGUCAAGUUGAACGUCAGAAAUAAAAAUGGUGAGAAGAAAGCUGAUGUUUGUCUUUUGAUUUGGUCUUCGGGGAAUCUUUUUUUUUUUAUUUGUGUAUUUUGUGGGAAAAAAGAGAGAAACCAAAAUAAUUCUUGGUCAUAUGUGGUUCUGGGGGUCAAAGUCAGGGCCCCAUUUAUGCAA